AUGCUGAUGCACCUUCGUUCAGUCUCUUUUGGCCUUCUGGCUGCCUCAACCUGUAUCCUUAGCUCUCCUCUGCGCUCUCGCACCGAAUACGCCGUCAAGGACACCCACAAGGUACCAAGAAAAUGGCAUGAGGUCGGUUCAGCGCCUGCAAAUAAGCUGCUACACUUGCACAUUGGUCUCAAGCAAAGCCAAUUCGACGAGCUUGAAAGACAUCUCUAUGAAGUUUCGACGCCCUCCCACCCUCGCUAUGGUCAGCACCUCACCAAUGAAGAGGUUGACGAGCUGGUCAAGCCUGCCGAUGAUACCCUGAGCCUUGUUCACGACUGGCUCUUUGACAGUGGCAUUGAUCGAGCCCAGCUUAGUUAUAAUAGAGCGAAAGACUUCAUUAAAGUCUCGCUGCCUGUCCGUGAAAUUGAACGCCUUCUUGAUACCAAGUACUCGAUCUAUGAACACCUUGAUGGCGACCGCAUCAUUCGGGCUCCCAAAUGGUCGCUGCCAAAGCACUUACACGAACAUAUCGAUACGAUCCAGCCCACGAAUUCUUUCUUUCGACCUGCUGGCCGUCGAAGGACACUUAAGACGAUCAAACCAUUCGAGGAAGUUGAAGCCGCUCCUGCUCCGGACUUCUCCGCUGAGACCGAAGUUGCUGCCACGCCUGAUUCUGCGAAUGCUGCCGUGGCCAAGGUAUGCAAUACAACCUUCGUGACGCCACUGUGUCUUCGAACCUUCUACGGGACCAAAGGAUACACACCGCAAGUGCCAGGCAAGAACCAAAUCGGCUUGACGGACUUUUUGGGGGAGGCAAACAACCGUUCCGAUGUCCAGAUAUUCCUCGAGAUGUUUCGCAAGGGCGCAGCAUCAGAGGCCGAGACUUUUAGCGUUGAUGUCAUCAAUGGAGGCGAUAACCAGCAGACGCCUGACACUCCUGCACAGUUGGCUGCAGGGAAGGAUCUGGAGGGGAAUCUUGACGCUGAGACGAUCAUUGGCAUUGAUUACCCGACUCCGCUUACUGCAUUCACGACGGGUGGAAUGCCUCCAUUUAAUCCAGAUGAUCUCACUCCCACCGACACCAAUGAGCCUUAUUUGCAAUUCCUCAACGCAGUAUUGGACAUUGAUACCCUUCCUCAAAUUAUCAGCUCUUCCUACGGUGACGACGAGCAAACUGUUCCCGAAGCCUACGCCAAAAAAGUCUGCAACCUCUUUGCUCAACUGGGAGCCAAAGGCACAUCCUUCCUUACUGCAAGUGGUGACAACGGUGUCGGACCUACUGCCGACUGCUUCACCAACGAUGGCAACAAUACCGCUACCUUCCUCCCCUCCUUCCCAGACGGGUGCCCCUACGUUACCAGUGUCGGAGCCACUAAGAACUUCAAUCCUGAAGUCGUGGCGUUUGACACAGAAAAUGGCUUUUCAAGCGGCGGCGGUUUCAGCAACUACUUUGCUCGUCCAACAUACCAAAAUGACAACAGUGUCGUAAAGAAUUACAUCUCGAGUUUAGGCGGCGAGUUCAAUGGUCUCUACAAUAAAGCUGGCCGAGGCUAUCCAGACAUCGCUGCCCAGGGUCAACGGUUUGUUACCAUCUGGAAUGGAACUAUCACCAUCCUUGAUGGCACGAGUGCUUCUACACCUACAGCCUCUGCCAUCUUAGCUCUGGUCAAUGAUGCCCUACUCGCAGCUGGCAAGCCCGCUCUUGGGUUCCUAAAUCCAUGGCUGUACUCGACGGGCUAUUCUUCGUUCUCAGACAUUACGAGUGGCUCGGCUAUUGGUUGCGGAGGAAGUGGCUUCCCAGCAUUGGCCGGUUGGGAUGCUGUUUCUGGGUUUGGAACACCGCAUUUCCCCACGCGUCCACCAAUGGAGUACCAUGACCAGAUUGCCAGUGAUCCUCGAAUGGAUUAUAUCACCCAACCUUCACUAUCAAUCGGUAAGCUGAGGAAGGAUCUCAAGCGCAAAGCAGAGGGUGAUGAUCAUGAGGGGAGGAGGGUGAGGAGUGGAGCGCCCCCACCGUCCGCAAUGCCACCAGACGUCGGUAUGACGCCGCAUUCGACUGGUUACUGGGCGGAUGUCAAACAAGACAGAAGCAGCUUCGAACUAGAACAUGCGCGCCAGACAGGAGCCACCAGAGCCUUGAACCAACAACAAGUCUUCAAUUCUUCGUUAUUGCCUGAAACGCGUGGUACGCCGCCAAGUUACAACGGAUAUGAGGCAUCCAGUUCCUCGUUGCCUAAAAUGUAUGGUACGCCGCCAGGUUACAGCGGGUAUCAGGCGAUGCCAGCAGCGGGCCAUGCGAAGCGCAAGAGGGGCAACGGUGAGGAUUUAGAAGAAGGGGAGAUGGUUGAAAGUUCAAAGCGAAUGUAUUCCAAAGCAGUGGACGCGCCUUCACCAGUACUGCAACGAGAACUCGGUCCCACCGUCGUCGUCUUCUCACACAGUAGCCUGCGUCCCGGUCAACUCCUUCCAGGCGGCGAGAUUGUCGGUUUCAUAGAACUCCCUCCUCUCGCCCAACUCUACGACCUUUACCAUCUUACCUCCUUCAAGUCCAAAGUCGAGCACGCAUGGUUCCACCAUACUUGGCAACAAAUUCACAAGUCUGCUGGAAUCCAAAGACCUUCCUGGCCGCAAAAUUACUGGCCUGAAGAGAUCAGACAGUCUGGGACUGCGAGCAAAGAUCACACUCUCCGCGCCAUCAAGACUUUCAGACAGCUGGGCGAGGAGAGGUGGCAGGUUCCGAGAUCUGCGUUGUUCGACGAGACUCUACACUUGCUGCUGAAGGAGAUGGAUUACACUAUGUUGCUCCUGCUUGUACACGAUCACCAAGAUGAUCAGGAUGCCUGGUUAAAUAGGCUGAAGGUGCUUGUUGAGAGACUUGAUCCUGCGCUCCGGCCAAAGAAUCAGCUUGCCAACCUCGCGAGUUCCGCAGUCGCAUGGAAGCCCAACGCCGAAGACUUCUAUACCAGAACACAUCCGUGGUGCUCGCCAUCAGCACUUCCAGCUGGAAUGGAAGAUUCGCGAGAACAUGCAGUCUUCUUCAACUCUUGGCCUAAACUCACCUUACCUUCUCAACCAUGGUCGGAUUAUGAAGAGACGAAUGUUGUACAGGACGAGUCAAUGGCUAUGAUGAUGUGA